CCGCGUCAGGCUCUCCGGGCUUCAGUCACAACACGGUGGGGCUCCCUGGCUGCGCCCGGCCCGGCAGCUGCGGGCCCGGAGCCGGCUGGCGGCGCUGAGAGGUCGCGGAGAGGGGCGCGGCGGCGUCUGCGGGGGCCGCUCCCUCGGUGGGCCGCGGGCGAGGCAUGAGCGCGGGCUCCCCCUGCCUCCGGAGCGCCGGCGGGGAACCGCGGGGCGGGAGAUGUGCCUGUCCUUAGCGGCCCAGGCAGCAGCAUGUACCCCGAUGCGACCGACAGCGGCGGCGCCGGCCUCAGCCCCGCGCGGGCCGCAGGCGCCGGGGACCGUCCUGCCCCGGGCUUCAGGGACGAGCGGCGGCGGGAGUCCCCGGGGGACGCGGAGGCGGCAGUGGCGGCGCCGGGGGGCCUGGGCGGCCGGAGCUGGCGGGGGCCCGUGGCGGGGGCCGCACUCGCCGCCGUGGCCCUCUCCUUCCUGGGGCCCGGAGGCGGGGAGGCGGCGGGGGCCUCGGGGCCGAGCUCCGUCCUGCUCAGGCUCAGCCUGUACCUGAGCUGCGCCGCGGCCGCCUUCCUGCUGGGGACCCUGUUCGCCCUCGUCUGCCGGAGUCCGCGCGCCCCGCCGCCCGACUUCGCAGCCGCCUGGAGCCGGUUGGCCGCGACCUCGGCCGCUCGCCGCCCGCCGGGGGCGCGGUGGCUCACACCUAUAAUCCUAGCACUUUGGGAGGCCGAGGCGGGUGGCUCACGAGGUCAAGACAUCGAGACCAUCCUGGUCAACAAGAGUCCUGUGUAUGGAAACUCACAUGAGUCGGCUCAGUCUAGAAGGGUAGUAAUUUCUCAUAAUAUGGAUAAAGCUCUGAAAGAAGUGUUCGACUACACUUACAGAGAUUACAUUCUGUCCUGGUAUGGAAGCCUCAGCAGAGAUGAGGGGCAGCUUUACCAUCUGCUCCUGGAAGACUUUUGGGAAAUGGCCAGGCAGCUUCACCACAGACUGAGUCACGUGGAUGUGGUUAAAGUGGUCUGCAGUGAUGUCGUCAGGACCUUACUCACUCAUUUCUGUGACCUGAAAGCUGCAAACGCCAGACAUGAAGAACAGCCGAGGCCUUUUGUGUUACACGCAUGCUUGAGGACCUCAGAUGAUGAAGUAAGAUUUCUACAAACGUGUUCUCGGGUUCUGGUGUUUUGUCUCCUCCCCUCAAAGGAUGUCCAGUCUCUCAGCUUACGUAUAAUGCUUGCAGAAAUUCUCACAACAAAAGUCUUGAAGCCGGUAGUGGAGUUACUGAGUAAUCCAGAUUACAUUAACCAAAUGCUGCUUGCCCAGCUGGAGUACAGAGAGCAGAUGAAUGAACAUCACAAGAGAGCCUACACCUAUGCCCCCUCUUAUGAGGACUUCAUCAAGCUCAUUAACAGCAACUCUGAUGUGGAGUUCUUGAAGCAACUAAGGUAUCAAAUUGUAGUGGAAAUAAUCCAAGCGACCACAAUUAGCAGCUUUCCCCAGCUGAAGAGACACAAGGGUAAAGAAACAGCGGCAAUGAAAGCUGAUCUUCUGAGGGCCAGAAACAUGAAGAGGUACAUCAACCAACUGACUGUGGCAAAGAAGCAGUGUGAGAAGAGAAUCCGAGUCCUGGGAGGCCCUGCCUAUGACCAGCAAGAGGAUGGGGCCCUGGAUGAGGGAGAAGCAUCUCAAACCCAGAAGAUUCUUCAGUUUGAAGAUAUCUUGGCCAAUACUUUCUACCGAGAGCACUUUGGAAUGUACAUGGAAAGGAUGGACAAGAGAGCUCUGAUUAGUUUUUGGGAAUCUGUGGAACAUUUAAAGAACGCUAACAAGAAUGAAAUUCCGCAAUUAGUUGGUGAAAUUUAUCAGAAUUUCUUUGUGGAGAGCAAAGAAAUAUCUGUGGAAAAAUCGCUUUACAAAGAAAUUCAGCAGUGUCUUGUAGGAAAUAAAGGUAUUGAAGUGUUCUGCAAAAUCCAGGGAGACGUUUAUGAGACCCUAAAGGAUAGGUAUUACCCUUCAUUUAUUGUCAGUGACCUGUAUGAGAAAUUGUUGAUAAAAGAGGAAGAGAAACAUGCCUCGCAGUUGAUUUCCAACAAGGAUGAGAUGGGCCCGAGAGACGAGGCUGCUGAGGAAGCUGCAGAUGAUGGAACCAGUCGGAUCCAUGAACAAGCCAGUUUUCCUGUAAACAAACUUCGAGAACUAAAUGAGAAACUUGAAUAUAAAAGGCAAGCUCUAAAUUCUAUUCAAAAUGCACCAAAACCUGACAAGAAGAUUGUUUCCAAGUUGAAAGAUGAAAUAAUCCUAAUAGAGAAAGAACGCACAGACCUUCAACUGCACAUGGCGAGAACGGAUUGGUGGUGUGAAAACCUUGGCAUGUGGAAAGCCUCCAUCACCAGUGGAGAGGUUACAGAAGAGAAUGGUGAGCAACUGCCAUGUUACUUUGUCAUGGUGAGCCUACAAGAAGUUGGAGGAGUGGAAACUAAGAACUGGACAGUCCCCAGAAGGCUCAGCGAGUUUCAGAAUUUACACCGGAAACUCAGUGAGUGCGUCCCUUCUUUAAAAAAAGUCCAGUUGCCUUCUCUUAGCAAGCUGCCUUUCAAAUCUAUAGAUCAAAAGUUUAUGGAAAAGUCAAAGAAUCAAUUAAAUAAGUUUUUACAGAAUCUGCUUUCAGACGAAAGACUGUGUCAGAGCGAAGCACUUUAUGCCUUCUUGAGCCCUUCUCCUGACUACCUCAAGGUUAUUGAUGUGCAGGGGAAAAAAAAUUCUUUUUCAUUAUCCUCAUUUUUGGAAAGACUUCCUCGCGACUUCUUCUCCCACCAGGAGGAGGAGACAGAGGAGGACAGUGACCUGUCAGAUUAUGGUGAUGAUGUGGAUGGGAGGAAAGACGCCUUGGCUGAACCAUGUUUCAUGUUGAUUGGGGAGAUUUUUGAACUUCGAGGAAUGUUUAAAUGGGUGAGAAGAACAUUGAUUGCCCUCGUUCAGGUCACUUUUGGAAGAACCAUCAACAAACAAAUCCGGGACACAGUCAACUGGAUUUUCAGUGAGCAAAUGUUGGUUUACUACAUCAGUGUUUUCCGGGAUGCUUUUUGGCCAGAUGGGAAGUUGGCACCACCGACCACGAUCAGAAGCGCAGCGCGAAGUCGGGAAAUCAAACAGAGAGCACAGCAAAAGCUGCUUGAGAACAUUCCAGAUAUGCUUCAGAGCCUUGUUGGACAGCAGAAUGCCCGCCAUGGUAUAAUAAAAAUAUUCAAUGCAUUGCAAGAAACAAGAGCCAACAAGCAUCUGUUAUAUGUGCUGAUGGAACUGCUGCUAAUUGAACUGUGUCCUGAGCUGAGAACUCAUUUAGAUCAACUUAAAACUGGUCAAGUUUGAGACUGCACAAAUAAACCACCAGAAAAAUGUCUGUGUAAUAAUAGACAUGAAACAUUUUCCUCUUUUCCACAGAGGGCCUGAAUGAGAACCAUACUGAUUUCUGUUUUGGUCACCUCCCUCUAGUUUUAUGUGAAAUAAGCAGAAUUGGGGAGGACGGGACUUAUGCUGUGGUAGGCAACAGAAAAAAACUCAUUGAUUUUUAUUUAAUAUAAAUACUUUAAAGAACAACAUACUAAUUGAAAUACAAACGUUAAUAUGUGAGAACUUAGGAAGUAUUUUAAAUAUUUAUGAGAAGAUUUUGUUUUAAAAUGAACUAUGAAUAUUGUACAGUUAUUUCCUCACUGAGGAUUGUGAACAUUCUUACAUUAUUUCAUGUGUAUUGAAGAACAUUGUCGUGCAAUGCUUUGUGUAAAGUUAUUGUGAAGAUUUUAUUGUCUUUAUUUUUACCAAAGAUUUCCCAUAGUUUUAGCAUUCAAAGCAAUAAAAUACAAAAAUGAA